GCCACAUGUUUUUUUUUUUUUUUUUUUUUGUUAUUGAGCGCUGUAUAUUAUUGAAAUAUCUUGCGUUAGUAAUGUGAAAUUAAUGUAGAUUAUUAUUAAAAGUAAUAUUGUAAUGCUUUAUGCGAAGUGCCGAUAGUUGGUCUCGUAAAUGGCGUAUCAUUUAUAAUUGUGUGUUUUGUUUUGUUUUUUUCUGUGCGUAAAGCGCAUCCACACAUGAGGAACAGAAUAAUUUACUUUGCAUUUCUUUUGCAUUCUGAUUUAUACCAAGAUCUCAGAUGUGACAAAGAAGAGUUCACAGAGGAGAAUGUCCAGGUGAAACAACUGAUAUCUCCGUGAUAUACUAAUUUAAAGAUGGAUUUUUUUAAAGAGGAGAGUGAAGACACGGGGAUUACACAGCCAUGCAGAAUAAAAAGUGAAGAGGCUGAGAGAAAAAGAGCCAUGGUGGAUGAAUAUCUGGACACUCUGUUGAUAGACGGACAAGAUCUGGCAGAAGAGUUUGAAGCCCAGCAACCAAAGAAAAUCAAAAAGAGAAGAAGUCAGGCAACCGCUGUGUUUUGGAGAGAGAGGGAUGAAAAAGGCAAUAUUGUUGCACAAUUUAAGAGGAAGACAAAAAAUCCAAACCCCAGACCCACCACCUCCUGUGGAAAAGAGGAUGAUUUCCCAUGUCAGGAGAUGUUGCAUGAAAGUGAAAGGGUGCCAGGACAUGAGCUUAUGGAAGUGAAAGAAGAAAGUCAAGAUCUGAAUGAAGAGGAGGAGAAACAUCAAAGUCAGAAACCUGAUGAUGAACAGAAAAUGGAAUCAAACAAAGUGAGCAUGAAAAACUGCAUAAACUGCAACAUGUCCUUUGGUGUUGCCACUAAGGUUUGCAGGGCAUGUGGGGUGGCACAGCCCAUGAAACAAAAGCUUCAAAACAAAAUAAAAAAAUAUGAUGCGACGUGGGCCUAUACUCAGAGGGAGAACGGGUCAAUAAGUAAAUUAUUUGAUGAAACAAAUCUCCUGCUUCACAAGUGGCAACAGGUGGGCAUGUACCCUCUCUUCUUGUUGGGGAGAAAGAGAGGGUCCAAGACUGUGGCAGAGUGCCUGUGCCCCAUCACUUUUAACCACCCCCAGUGUAAGGAGGCACAGCACACCAUACGCCAGAUUUUUGUUGGGCUGAUAAAUGCUGCCCAGUCACCGGCCCAGUCACCAGUCACCCAGCUGCCGACUGCCCAGUCACCAGUCACCCAGUUGCCGACUGCCCAGCCAUCAUUCACCCAGUAUUCUGCCCAGCCAUCAUUCACCCAGUAUUCUGCCCAGCCACCUGUCGCCCAGUCUUUGGCCCAUCCACCUGUCGCCCAGUCUUCUGCCAAUCCACCUGUCGCCCAGUCUUCUGUCAAGCCACCUGUCGCCCUGUCUUCUGUCAAGCCAUCUGUCGCCCCGUCUUCUGUCAAGCCACCUGUCGCCCCGUCAUCUGUCAAGCCACCUGUCGCCCCAUCUUUUGUCAAGCCACCUGUCGCCCAGUCUUCUGUCAAGCCACCUGUCGCCCAGUCUUCUGUCAAGCCACCUGUUGCCCAGUUUUUAACUCAGCCACAAGCGACCCAGUCAUCUGUCCAAACACUACUUGCCCAGUCUCCAACCCAGCCACCAGUGACCCAGGCUUCUCUCCACCCAGCCAUCUCCAAGACUUCAGUCCAGCCACCUGUCACCCUGUCUUUGGCCCAGCCAUCAUUUGCCAGGGCUUCUGCCCAGCCACCAAUUGCCAGGGCUUCUGCCCAGCCACAAGUGACCCAGUCUUCUCCCCAGCCACCCAUCACCAAGUCUUCUGCCCAGUCUUCGGCCCAGCCACGAGUGACCCAGUCUUUUGCCAAGCCAUCUGUCACCCAGUCUUUGGCCCAGCCACUAGUCGCCCAGUCUACGAUCCAGCCACCAGUGACCCAGUCUCUCUGCUCUACACUCCCAACUUUGACUCUCUCCAAAGACCUGAUGGAAGUGACAGAGGAAAAUCAAGAACUAAAUGAAGAGGAGAAACGUCAGUGUCAGAAACCUAAUGAUGAACAGAAAAUGGAAUCAAUCAAAGUGAGCAUGAAAAACUGUAUAAACUGCAACAUGUCCUUUGGUGUUGCCACCAAGGUUUGCAAGGCAUGUGGGGUGGCACAGCCCAUGAAACAAAAGCUUCAAAACAAAAUGAAAAAAUAUGAUGCGACAUGGGCCUGUACUCAGAGAGAGAACGGGUCAACAAAUAAAUUAUUUGAUGAAACAAAUCUCCUGCUUCACAAGUGGCAACUGCUGGGCAUGUACCCUCUUUUUCUGUUGGGGAGGAAAAGAGGGUCCAAGAUGGUGGCAGAGUGCCUGUGCCCCAUCACAAAUGACCUUCCCCAGUGUAAGGAGGCACUGAUUAUCAUGCGCCGGAUUUUUGUUGGGCUGAUAAAUGCCACCCAGUUAAGAACUGCCCAGCCACCGGCUUUCCAGCCACACGUCGCCCCGUCUCUCUGCUCUAAACUCCCCACUCUCACUAUAUCUAAAGAUGCACAACAGGAAGAAAGUGAAAAAUGUGUUUCAUACAAAGAUUGCACAGUGCAUCCGACAAUGGAUGUCUUUCCCUAUGAAGAAAUUCUAGAAAAAAGAAUAAGACAGGACGGUGAGUGUGAGGUGCUAAUUAGAUGGGCUCCUUGCCCGGGUUGCGGCCUAAAGUGGAAUGACUCAUGGGAGUUAGAGGAUAAUCUGUAAAUAAUAACUAAAGCUACACACACAAAAACACUUUAAACUGUGAAUGUGUGUCUUUUGCAUUUUGUUGACUGUUAUAACGUAGUUAUUAACAAUAAACACACUGUUGGGACCAAAGUAUGAGUUUUCAUGAUUGCAAG